AAUUUUGCAGACACAUUAGUUUUGACCGUUUUUAAUAGUAUUACCAAAGAAAAUAUCAAAUCUGAUUUAUAUGAAGAAAUGACGGGUUUAUAUAAGGAAUUCCCUGAUAUAGGUUUUAGUACAUUUUUAACUAAUAAAGCAACUGAAACUAUUGUUUAUGCAAAAGGUCCUUCGGCUUAUCUACUUAAUGGAUUGCAUGAAGAGACUUAUAUGGCACAUGUCAUAUCUUAUGCUUUAAAAAUGGGUCCAUUUUCAAAGUCAAUGUAAUUUUAAGAAUUUUUAAAAGUUAUUAGAAUUAAAAAAAUAUUUACAGUACUAAAAAGCAAUUAUUAUAUACGUAGUGUUUUUUUAAAAUUGAGAUUAAUAACUACUUCAGACA